UUUCUUCCACACUGCAGAACAGUGAACUCUUAGAUCUGAAUUAUUUAUGUUCUACUUCUCAACCCAGUAUAAAUCUCUAAUGGUACAAAGCUCUGCUUGGUGUAGUGGGAUAAAAAUUUAUUGCAGUCUUGUGAAAAGCUUUAUAUGAACUGUAUAAAUGUUCAGGAGACUGAGAAAUGCUCUUUAGUAACUGCAUACUGCAGAAGCCAUAAAUGCCAUAACAUGGAUGAGUUUCAAAAUCCAGCUCAAUAAAAUCUUCAGGACUUUUAACUAGUCACCAACUUCCUGUCCUCAUUGAGGCCACUUGAGAGAUAGUGGCCCCUCAGGUAAAUUCAGAAAUGUCUUCCAAGAUUCCUGAAGUGUCUUCAUUGGUGUCUGAGGCCCAAUCAGUUUUCACUGCAACAUAUGGAGGCUCUGCAGAUGUAGCAGUUUCAGCGCCAGGCAGAGUCAAUAUCAUUGGAGAGCACACUGAUUAUAAUGAUGGCUUUGUUUUUCCCAUGGCUCUUCCACUAGUAACUGUUAUUAUUGGGAGGAAGACAGAGUCAGGGAUGUGUCGAGUGCACACACUUUCGGAAUUUGCUGAUAAACCUCUACAAGUGGAAUUUGAAGCCCCUUCUCAAUCAGCUCCUCUCAAACCUGGUGUACCAAAUUGGGCCAAUUACAUUAAAGGAGUUGUUGCCAAUUUUCCUGGAGUUGUUAGUGGCUUUGAUGCAGUAGUGACUACAUCAGUCCCACUUGGAGGUGGACUCUCCAGUAGUGCUUCACUUGAAGUAGCAACUUACACUUUCCUUGAGGCCAUCACUGGAACCAAAGCCCCAAGCUUAAAGGAAAAGGCAUUAUCUUGUCAGAAAGCCGAGCAUGAUUUUGCAAACAUGCCUUGUGGGAUCAUGGACCAGUUCAUCUCUACUAUGGCAAGAGAAGGAUAUGCUCUUCUUAUUGACUGCAGAUCGCUAGAAUCAACAUUGGUGCCACUGAAUGACCCCUCUGUCUCAUUUGUCAUCAUCAACUCUAAUGUGCGUCAUACACUUUCCGGAACUGAAUAUCCUACUCGUCGCAAACAGUGUCAUGAAGCUGCUAAAGCCAUGAAAAAAGAGAGUCUACGGGAUGCAACGCUGCAAGAUUUAGAAACUCUCAAAUCUUCUUUGAGUGAAGAAGUGUACAGAAGAGCCCGACAUGCUAUCUCGGAGAUCCACCGGACGCAGCAAGCAGUGUCUGUACUCAAGAAAGCAGAUUAUUCACAGUUUGGAAAGUUAAUGACUGAAUCGCAUAAUUCACUCAGGGCUGACUAUGAUGUGUCAUGCAGUGAGCUGGACCAGCUAGUGGAAGCUGCCUUGGAAGUUGAGGGUGUGUUUGGGUCAAGGAUGACUGGUGGAGGAUUUGGCGGCUGCACUGUUACAUUGGUGAAGCAGGACUGUGUAGACCGCCUCAUCUCUCACAUAUUGAAAAAGUACAAAGGUAAACCCACUUUCUAUGUUUGUGUGCCCUCUGAAGGGUCUCAACAGUUAUCUCUGAAAAGCUCAGGUUUGUAAGAUAUAUAUAAGUUUAUAUACUUGCAAGAUAAGUGCCUAUGACAGAUAGUUUUAUUUACUGGACCAAAUAACUGCCAUUCUUGCAGUUUGUAUUUAUGAAUGCUUUAUCAUAUACUGUACAGUAUAUAUGAUUUAAAUUUUUUAUAUAAUGUUUAUUGAGCUGUGUAUAUCAUGUAAGAAGUUCUGAACAAUAUUAACCAUAUUAAUUUGCAUAUACAGUAGUGCUAAUGCACAUCUUUUGGAAUAUUGUAUUUUGCACACUAAUAUAAAUAUAUAUAUAAUAUAUAUAUAUAUAUAUAUAUAUAUAUAUAUAUAUAU